UGAAUAUGUAUAAAAUAUACUGAAACCAACCAGACAUUUAUCAAACCAUAAAAAUUGAAGAACUAAACCAAACCAAAGGAGACAUUUAGCAAACUUGAACGCACGGUUGCAAAUUUUUUGAGAAAAAGAGCAAAAUUUUCAAAUUCCCGCGGAACCUCAGCGCUGUGCGCCCAAUCCACUUCCACGUGGUGAGAGUUCAUUCGUUAUCGUGUCAUUCCGAGGAUCGCAAUCUGAAGCAUGAGCCCUGAUCCAAUCUGAACCGCCAAAGGUGAAAUUAAUCAACGGUUGGCGCAGUCGCCAACUGAAAACCCAAAUCAAAAGGCUCUAUAAGAACCCGCCUGCACUUCGUUCAGAAUCUCACCACCAUUUCAAAGCAAGCCUUCAAUCUCUGAGUGUGAAUCGAUUUUUGUAAGGCUACAAAUGGCUCGUACCAAGCAGACAGCUCGCAAGUCCACCGGAGGGAAGGCUCCCCGCAAGCAGCUCGCCACUAAGGCCGCCAGGAAGUCAGCUCCGGCGACCGGAGGGGUGAAGAAGCCUCACCGCUUCCGCCCAGGCACAGUCGCGCUGAGGGAGAUCCGGAAGUACCAGAAGUCUACGGAGCUUUUGAUCCGGAAGCUUCCAUUUCAGAGGCUCGUGAGGGAAAUCGCCCAGGACUUUAAGACGGAUCUUAGGUUCCAGAGCAGCGCCGUGUCGGCCCUCCAGGAGGCGGCCGAGGCAUACCUGGUUGGACUCUUCGAGGAUACCAACCUUUGUGCCAUUCAUGCCAAGAGGGUCACCAUUAUGCCCAAGGAUAUGCAGCUGGCAAGGAGGAUCCGCGGGGAGAGGGCUUAAUCCAUGAAAUCUUAGGGGGUGCUAUCGAAUGUAAUGAAGCUCUUAGAUGUUUAAUGUUAAUCAGUCAAUGAAUUCACCUUUUAAUUAGAAUGUGUUAUUGAUAUUCUGGUAUCAACUCGUGUUCAGAUGUUCAUUCGUCGUUGGAUUUCUUUAAAUCCAUUGUCUCUCAUUUGCAAACAACAAAAUCUUUUUUUUAGGCGAACCACACUUUGUAGUUUUGUAUUUGGAUCUUGAAGGAAUUUCAGAAUCUGCUAAAUUGCAUUUCUUCAGUUGUCCUUAAAUUAAUUCUCAUUUUUUUGCUAGCGG